CGAGGCAGUUAUUUAUAUGUUGAAUUUGCCUGAAGAAAAUACACAUCAUCGACUGAACUUCAAUCGAAGCAGCGAAAAAAGAAGCAGCGCAGUUCUAAAUUUUCACAAAUAUUAAUCUAUAAAAACACCUGUUUUACAGCUCAGCAACUGAAAGAGAAAGUGUUCCAGAAGCCUAUAAAAUAACCAAUCACCAGCAAAAAUGAGUCUCGUCUGGACUUUGAUUGCCACUUUUCUGUAUGCAGAAAUUGUGGUAGUUUUGCUGUUGGUUUUGCCCAUAGCAAGUCCUCACAAAUGGAACCGCCUAUUCAAAUCCAAGUUCCUUGCAAUGCUGGCCCAACAGGCGCAUCUUUAUUUCUUCCUUAUCAUGGGUGUUUUAAUUUUAUUCCUAUUGGAUGCCAUUCGUGAAAUGCGGAAGUACUCGACCCAUGAGGCCGGCGGACACGAACAUUUGAAUGUCGAAAUGCAGCACAGUAUGCGACUUUUCCGUGCACAACGCAACUUCUACAUUUCUGGUUUUGCUAUAUUCCUUGUAUUGGUCAUACGUCGUCUGGUGACGUUGAUUUCAGCGCAGGCGAACUUGUUGGCACAGAGUGAGGCUUCAAUGAAGCAAGCGCAAAGUGCCACAGCAGCAGCUCGUACCUUAAUGGCUGAAAAGAGCACUGAGAAGGCGAAGGAAGCCACUGAGGACAGCACAUUGACUGAGCUUAAUGAGUUGCGCAAAAAGGUGCAAGAACUCACCGCCGACUUGAAUCGUGAAAAGAAAGAUAAGGAAGCUGUGAAGUCACAAGCUGAAAGUUUGAACAAGGAAUACGACAGAUUGACUGAUGAGUACAGCAAAUUGCAGAAAAAGAUCACCAUCAGCGACAUUAGUGGCGGCAAAGGAGGCGAGAAAGAUGAUUAGAAAAGCAAAUAGCGCCAACAUAUUAAUCCAUUUAAGAAAAAACUAAUAAAACGUAAUAUAAAUCUUCACUUCAUGCAACACCACUUACCCAAUUAUAGUAGCAGCUGCAACGAAGCUCUUUGUCAUAUGCCGUUUAACAUUUGGAAAAAAAGGAGACUUGGAUAAAAACAUUAUAAAUGGACUUGAAUUAAAAAUUUUACGAGACGGAAAGCGAAUAAUUUGUGGUACUAACUUAUAACUAUAUAAUCUGCACAUAUAUUUUUAUAUAUAUUAAAAAAAAGCGUAUUCUAAAAGAUCAAAAUUGUUUCCAAUUGUUUUGUAGUUGUGUUAAGAGUUUAUCUUUAGCGUGUUGGUUAACACUUUCUUACAUAAUAACUUAUACUUUCUUUUUAUAUAAAUAAAUUUUGAAUUAUAAAUACAAUUA